AUGGCGUAUCUCCAACCGAUAAUAUCGCGCAACAUCUCCGGCGAACUUCCAUUCUUGAGAGCCGGAAAGCGAGGCUCGCGGACCGUGCUCUGCAUGCAGAGAAGGGAAGAGAGAGCCCUGGCUGCUCAGCAGGCUCGGGAGCGACUACUGGCGGAGAUCACCGCCAAGUGUGAAGAAGAAGUUCGUCGCGCCAAGAAGAAGGCUGAAGAUAACCGGAAGAGGAAAGCUGCAGAGCACGCCAGGCUUCGCUUAGAAAUGACGGAGAAGUUUGCAGAGGCCGAAAAGCGGCGUGUACUCUAUCAGCAAAGUCAUCGACGCCACCGCACAAGCAGCUUACCCACUAGCGAAGAGAAAAAGAUGGCAAAGGUGGUUAGCAACUCUCUCACGCAUGAUGCAGCCGCGAAGAUUAUCCAGCGAAUAUGGAGGACCUAUCAUACCAGGAGGGCUAUACAGGAGUUUCGAAUGCUAGAUUUGACAACCAACCGCAUUCGGCACAUGGAUUUUGAGGAUGUUGGAGCCCUGCUUUCGGAAAAUAAAGUCCUGACCGUAACAGCUCGUGUGCUUCGACUUUGCGGGCUACAAGAUAUGGAAAGUGGUACAAUGGGUGGAAGGGGCGCUGUGCGCACAUUUCUCAGCAGUUAUUUAAUCACAACCCAUCCCGCUGAAGUGCUGAGCAGUAACGGUGAACAAGAGCAGGAUUUGAUUGUGAAGGCUCGUGAGCUCAUUCUAGCGUUUGAGCAAGCCAUACCACUGCUUUUAUCUAGCUGCCACUCAACGCCGGCCAAUUCUACAGAGCUUCAGACAGUGUGUGAGGCUUACAAUGUCUUCUUUUCUGCCUUCCAUGCUUGGAAGACUCAUGACUCUAGCGUUCUGAUCGAAAUCAUGCUGGCUCAAUUUGUUGAGCUGGAGCUAAUCUGGCAAACGGUCAAGAAUGAUCGAGCUGGUGGUGUGGCAGAUGAUUAUCGUCAGGGCAUCAGGCAAAACCAGAUUCUGCUUCUCGCCCGGCUGAAGCGCCUAGCCGGCUCGGAAAGAGCAAUGCAAAUGGUGCGAGAUGCUUUGAAGAAAGCUAAGCGGGAGACGAAACGUAGUGCCUCCAGGCAAGCCAUUCCACGGUCGGCAGAGGUCGCGCCUUCAUCAACCGAAACGCUCACAGAGAGUGUUGCGUCUCCUAUUAGCGACACUUUUAGCAAUGUGGAGGGUACUGUUUUGCGGGAGCUGGAAAGGCAGCGGAUCUCCCCGCAUGAACGCUUCACAAGAAUUUUGACUGCACUCCCAGAAAACCGUGCUUUAGUGCAUGAACUUCUCAUCAAUAAGGAAUUCAAGAUUGAGGAGACACAGUAUACGGAGCCGCGUAAACAAAUUAUGAAUCAUAUGUGUGAUAUGAUGCGCAGAGAUGUGGACGCUGGGCUAGGCACGAACUGGACUGUAGCUAUGGCCACAGUAAUUCAGGAUCGAUUAUUACGUUCGCUCCGCCCGGGUAACUCGCUUCAUGUGCUGAUUAGCGAAGUGCUGGACCCAAAGUUGGUUGAGAAUCAAUGUAAUGUUGGUGCUUUCUCUUACGCUAGCUUCUUCAACUUCAUGAACACCAUCCUACCGAAGCUUUGUGCUCCUUACCGGGAUCCUAUAGUCAAGGCUUUUAAGGAAGAUACUUCAGGAGAUGCGAUUGAUCGUCUGGCGAGGCUGAUGGGGAUAAUCGACUUGCUGUCCCUCGAUCACACGAACUUUAUGAUCCAACUUGCUGCCCCCCAACUUAUCCAAGAGGCGCCUGGGUAUGAGCAGAGAACCUUCGAGAAGGGUCUUCAUGACGGAUCCUUGAGCUUGAGGAAAGCAAGGCGCUUCUGGCGAACACAUCACAAAAUCAUUGUAGAUGAAAUCCGGAAGCGUGAUCCGGAGAAUAUCAACGGGGAGCCUCAGCCGCCUACCUCGAAGAUUUAUGCUCAAGGCCUCGUGGAUCUUGUUCUGAGCAAUGCACCUGUGUGUGAUGAUCUAGUUCCUGAGACCUUAGAGCUGGACCGCCAACGACUAGAGAGACUGCACGCGCAAGCAUUCAAAAUCGUGGCGACUGCCUCUAUUUUACUGGCAGCUAAGAAUUUACUCAAACGUGACGUGCGAUCACAAUGGAAAGCUGAGGCAGAUCGAAUUAUGUCUCUGAAUCUUGGUGAUAUUGAACUCAAUCGAGUACAAUCGAUUCUGGAGUCAACACACCCAAUGCCUUCUAAUGCUAGCGCUCAACUUGCGGCGACCAUCCGGCGGGUACUGGCGCCGGUCGCCAAGGCGUGCGCUGCUGUUUCUUCAUCUAUGGCAACACAGACGACGGUUGAAAUUCAUACGGACGCGCCCAUACGAGAGAUAGCGGUGGCCCAAAGCCCAGUGAACUCCGGUAGAAGUGAGGUUGGUGCGGCCAGCUUCGCAGACCCUGUUGCACGGCUCAUUCUUUCGCGUUUGCGCACCCAUAUUCUCUCUCGCCUUAGUGCUUCAAGUGCAGCUGAGAGGUUGACCGAAGAGCUUGAGAAAGUGCGCGAAGUGGAUUGGCUGUGCCAUGGGUUGGAUGAAAAGGAAGAUACAUUCACAAUGACCGGAAACCCAACUGCCUCUCUUACACUGCUGUCAGAUUUGACCCCUUCGUCCCUCGAACGCACGUGGUUGACCGCACCCCAUCCCUCUCUCCCCAUUGUUGCGACCUGUAGCUCCGACAAAACUGUCCGUGUAUACUCGCUAACCAAUUUUCGGCUUCUCUCGACCAUCUCGGGCGGUCACAAACGCAGCGUACGCACAUGUGCCUGGAAACCACAUGUACAAGGCGAAAGUGUUCUGGCGACGGGGAGUUUUGACGCAACAGUGGGGAUCUGGCGACGGUGGGACAGCUAUGGUCGGGCAGAGGCCGGCACAGAUGUCUAUGGCUUGAGUUCAGAGACACUCGAUGGCAAUGGGCGUGAUACCCAGGAAGAUGAAGAUGAUGAAGAAUGGCGAUUCGCUGUCCUCCUAGAUGGACAUGACAGCGAAGUCAAGUCAGUGUCAUGGUCGCCAUCUGGGAUGUUGUUGGCGACAUGCUCCCGAGAUAAGUCAAUCUGGAUCUGGGAAGACUUGGAUGACGGCGACAACAAUUUCGAGACCGUAGCUGUCAUGCAGGAACAUGAAGGCGACGUAAAAUGUGUCGCCUGGCAUCCCGUGGAGGAGUGUCUGGCCAGCGCCAGCUACGACGACACCAUCCGGUUGUGGCGUGAGGAUAUCGAUGAUUGGGGCCAAGUGGCAUGCAUCAAGGGUCAUACGGGAACUGUCUGGUAUCUAGACUGGGAAGGUAUUGACAACGUGCCAUCUACUGCUGUAGUGUGUGAGCAGGGCACGUCCCGGUCUGCUGAAUGGAAGGACCAGCGUGCAAUGUCUGGCCCUCGUCUCGCCUCAUGCUCCGAUGACAGAACAGUCCGCAUCUGGAAACGGAAACCUAAAGAACAGCGGGCACAAUCACAGUUUGGAAGUACGGGCAUCCCUAGUAUCAUUCGGCCAACAGGCACCGAUGAAACAUGGGAACAAGACGCUCUUCUCCCAGAAAUGCAUGAGCUCUCCAUCUACGCGGUUGCAUGGAGUAAGCGCACUGGGCUAUUAGCUUCUGUCGGUGCAGAUGGACGCAUCGUGAUCUACGAGGAGCUGUUCUUGACAACACCAGCACGAACGCUAGACAAAAAUACUUCUACAGAUACACCUGCUCCUACACCUCGACCUCAUACAGAUUGGGUAGCUAUUGCGAUAUUGGAAGGUGCCCAUGGCAUCUACGAGAUCAAUCAUGCUGCAUGGGCUAGGCGUGCGGACCCAUGCCGAACAGAGAACGAGGAAGUGCUUAUUACAACCGCAGACGAUGGGAGUAUCAAGGUCUGGACGCUUCGGAGAUAG